AAAAAAUAGUAUAGAGGUGUCUUUAAACUUUCCAGUGAUGUGUACGUCGAGGCCAAUUUUAUAACAAUAUACAUGUAAAAGCCUCCAUCUCCACCCCCACCUCCGCGAGGGGCGACCCGAGAACACAACCGCCGCCGCCGCCAUGUGGCGCCGCCUCCAAACCCUAGCCCCUUCCCUCCGCCGUGCCGCCGCGUCGUCGUCCUCCGCCCGCGCCGCGCCCCUUUCCACGGCGCCGGCCGUGUUCAGGCGGACCUCGCCCCUCCUCUCCUCUCUUGGCGACAAGCCGGCGCCGACCAAGGUCGAGGAUGUCAUGCCGAUCGCCACGGGGCUGGAGCGCGAGGAGCUCGAGGCGGAGCUCCAGGGGAAGAAGAGGUUCGACAUGGAUCCUCCGGUCGGCCCCUUUGGCACUAAGGAGGAACCAGCUGUGAUUGAAUCCUACUAUAACAAGAGAAUAGUUGGCUGUCCUGGUGGCGAAGGAGAGGAUGAACAUGACGUUGUCUGGUUUUGGUUAGAAAAGGAUAAACCACAUGAGUGCCCAGUCUGCUCGCAAUACUUUGUGCUCAAAGUCAUUGGUAAUGGAGGUGAUCCAGAUGGGCACGAUGAUGAUGAAGAUGAGCAUCACUGAGUUGGCGAUAAUAAGAACUUGUGAUACAUGGUUUCGGCCUUAUCUUUGCAGCAUCAGACUGCUCUAUAGUGUUGUAGUUGAUGAGUGUUUCAUUUCAAAAAAAAAAGAUGAUGAGUGUGACCAUGAAGCAGGUCAGGUGGUGUUUUUUGCCCAUGCAUUUUGUUCGAGCCGCGUAGACCUUACAGAUGUUUCUGUUUGGUAUGUGCAUUUUUUUUCUUGAGUGCAUCAUCAAAUAAAGGAUGAGUGCAUCGAUCUGUUUCAAUCUAGUGACCGUGUUUGUAUUUUGUUCUGAGAUCAUCAGGUGUGGCGAUGCUCAGUGUUUGUAUUUUGUUCUGAGAUCAAAGAACAUAAAUUUCAGUAUUCAUUAGCGGGAUUA